GAGAAUGAGGAGGAACUAGAAAGAAAGAAACAGGAAAAUUUAGAGAAACUACUUUUCCUGAAAAAGAUACUAUUAAGGAAGUACACAUCAAUGCCAAACCUUGUUUCAAAUAAGCCAACCCCCUUUGACUGGCCAUCUGGAAAGAUUAACGCAAAGAAAACAACCUCUGGAAUUCAAAUGUCCCCACAGAUCACACAAUUGAAACCCCUAGAGAAGAUAACAAAAGUUUCCAAACUGUUACAACAAGCUGAAACAUCACAAAUUAGCAUUGAAUUGAAACACGAGGAUCACAUCCCAACAACUGCUGAAACAUUAGAACAAGGAGCUGGAACACAACACACAAUGACUGAAUUCACACCCGUCGAUGACUUCCCAUGUGCUGAUCCUUAUAUCCGCAAGUGUAAAUCUUUACCAAACCUCCAUUUUCUUAGUUAUGAUACACUGAAGGUAGAUGAAAAUUUUCAAUCGAUCAUGAAAGAGAUAGAAGUGCAGAGACAGCAUCUGAUACUGACUUCAGUUUAUUCAGCUAGGGGUUAUCCAAGUGUCAAGAGAUCUCUAUCAGAACAGAAAGUGCAGGUUUCUGAGAAUCUAGAUUCAGCUCCAACAAACCAACUAAUUAUUGAAGCAACAAAAAUUGAAGCUCAAGAAACUGAAGCCAAGAGUCCAUUGCCACCAACAUUUGCCAAAAAGACAAGUGGUCAAAAACAUGCCAGUUUUCAGAAGAGAAAAAAAAGUCUGCGAAAAAAAUCAUUGGGUGCAUCAAAGCUUGCUUUUGUUCAAGCAAAAAUGAACUUACCACCAAGAAUUCUUACCAGACAUGAGUCCCUCCCAAUAUUACCUAGACCAAUUGAGCCAAGAUUGAGGGUCCCUAAAUGGAUGCGACACCAACGAAGUUCUAGCCUGCCUUUUACACUUGGGUUUGAAGCAUUUGUAAAGGCUGAAGGAGGGAUUGGUCAGAAUGUAGUUGAAAGAGAGUGGGUUAGAGCUAUCUGGGACAAGUGGUUUGAUGAAGUUUUCCCUGCUACUGAAGGCCCCAGUGACUUAACUGAUGAUAAAAAAGUUGAGUCUCAAGCAACUAAGGAAAAAGAGCUAAUGGCUAAUCGUGAAAGCAUGUUGAAGGAGAUAGAACUACAGAAUUUGGUUUCAUUAAGGGAACGAGCAAAACUGGGAGUUCAAGCUGCUGAAACUUGGCAUCCUUUGUUAAAUGUUGAUUUGGGGGUCACCGAGAAUGACCUACAGUUUGAAACCAACAAACUAACACAGAUCAUUGAAAAGCCAAAUGCAGGUACAGCAUUUGAUUACUGCAGACGAGGAGCUUUAUAUAGAAAAUUAGGAGAACUAAAGCUAGCCAUGGAUGAUUUAAACAAAGCAAUUGAAAUGGAACCAAAGCUGCUUGAUGCUUAUUGGCACAGACAUCUGAUUUUUGUUCUGCAACUUAAAGUACCAAAUGCAUUGGAGGAUCUGAAUUAUGUGCUUAAAAAUAAUAAAAUCCAUGCAGAUGCUUACAGAUCAAAAGCAGAAAUAUAUAGAAGUAGAGGAGAGAUUACAAUGGCAAUUAUAAAUUACACCCAGGCACUGAAGUGUAAGCCUGAUGAUGAAACCUACUUCCGAAGAGGUGAGAUGCACGAACAUAGAAAUGAAGUGAGGCUGGCCAUGGAGGAUUAUAGUUUGGCUAUUUCCAUGAAUCCAAAAAGGUUGGAUGCUUUGAUGAAACGUGCUAAGUAUUAUUUUAACAUUUCCAACUGGAAUGUAGCAAUUCAGGAUUAUACAUCAAUAAUACAGUAUGACCCCACCUUUGCCAAGGCAAGGAAUUUACGUGGGCAGGCGUAUGCCAAGCAAGGACUGUACCAAAAGGCAAUAUUAGAUCUAUCAGCAGCCAUUCAUUUGGAUCCUAAUGACUGGGAGGCUUUUUACCACAGAGGCUGCCUGCUACGAAAGGUUGAACCACAUAAAGCUAUACAGGACUUCAGUGUUUCAGUGCUUAUUAACAACGAAAUUGAGAAUUUGGAUACCUUUCUUUUCCGGGGAAUUCUGUACACCCAACUCAACCUCUGGCCAGAAGCAAUAUUUGACUUUGAAACUGUGCUCAGGCUUGACAGCGCUAUUAGUGUAGCUCAUGUAAAUUUGGGGCUUAUUUUCCUUUUAAAAAUGAAUCAGUAUUUUGAAGCAAUUCGAAGAUUCACAAAUGCCAUAAAGGUUGAUCCAACUUAUGCAAGAGCAUAUGUGUGUCGGGCAGAAGCACAUCAUAAGAUCCAUGAUUUGAGAAAUUCGUUGAGGGAUCUAACCAAUGCCAUUCACCUCCAACCUGAUGUACAGUACUUCUACUUGUUGAGGGGACAGUAUCUGUAUGAAAUGAAACGCUAUGAGCUUGCUAGGUUUUGCAUCGUCCAUGCUGCUGAAAUAAAUCAAGCUCUGGGCUCAUCGCGUGUUCAGCAGGCUGCAAUACAGACUUUUUUAAAACAUUAUGACAGAGCGAUAGACUGCUUGGCUGCAGUUGAUCCUUCUCCAGUCUUGUGUAUUUUGCUUGGAAAAACACAAAUGAAAGCCAAAAAAUUUGAGGAUGCACUGGUGACCUUUAAAAAAGGGUUGCAGCUUUUACCUCCACAGUCUAAACCUUUGGACACGUUAACAGAAACUGCAGAAAUACACUACCUCAUGGGACUUGCCUACAGUCAAAAUGGUAAUUUGAUUGAGGCAUUCGAAUCAUUUAACAAGGCACUGAAGCUAUUCCCAUUGUAUGCUUUAGCAUAUUACCAACGAGGACUGUGCAGAAUGGGACUUCAGGAGACAAAUUAUAUCCAAGACUUUCAUAGAGCACUUGAUAUCAAUCCAAAUCUGUUUGAGGUCUUCAUAAGUCGAGCUAUUUUCUAUGGACUGCAAGGCCGCUAUUUUAAGGCUCUUCUGAGCUGCAACAAAGCACUAAUGAUUCAGCCCAAGAGUGUGAGAGUCUUUAUUUAUAGAGGAACAUUGAAAUUCUUCAUUAAGGCAUAUAAAACAGCAAUUGCCGACUUGAAUUCAGCAAUAGCCAUUGACAAUGUCUGCAGCCUGGCAUUCUUUAACAGAGCUGUCUGUUAUCACCAGAUAAACGAAUAUGAUAAGGCUUUGAAAGACUACGGGAUAGUGAUGCUUCUUGGUGGGCUAAAGGAAGUUGAUUUUAAGCUACUAAUUAACCGUGGUUUGCUGUAUUUUAAGAUGGAAGAUUACUACAGUGCAAUACAGGAUUUUAAAGCAGCAAGCGUAUUGCAGCCUACAAAUGACAAGAUCUGUCAUGCAUUGGGAUUCUGCAAACAUAAAAUUGGGCAGUUGACCAAAGCUGUGAACGUUUUCACAAAAGCAGUAAAACUGAACCCAUUUUUUGUGGAUGCAUACUUCGGACGUGGAAACGUCUACAUGGAUUAUCGUACUGCAGCUGGAACAAAGGAGGCACAAAAAGAUUUCCUUCGAGCGCUUCAUUUGGACCCACUGUGUGAGAAAGCCAGAAUCAGUCUGGCAUACAACUUUCAGGUAUUGGGGAGGUAUCAGAAAGCGUGGAAUCAUUUUACAAUUGCAAUUGAUAAUAACCCCAACUUUCAAGACGCGUAUGAAGGGCGGGCAGUGAUCAAUCUUCAAAUGAAUGACACCUUUGCAGCAUUUCAGGAUAUCAAUGCUGCAUUAAAGAUCAGUAAGUCUGCAAAGCUGUUAACGAACCGUGGUGUGAUUAACCAGUUCAUGGGACAUCUACCUAGUGCAAUGGCUGACUAUAAAAUGGCUAUCACUCUUGAUCCCAAAUUUUCUCUUGCAUAUUUUAAUGCAGCCAACCUUUACUUCCAUAACAAGCAAUUUAAACAGGCCGAUGAUUACUACACCAAGGCAAUUGAUCUGGAUCCGGGAGAUGAAUCUGCAGUAUUGAAUCGAGCCAUAUCUCGUGUACUACUUCAGAAUGUCCAAGGUGCACUGGAAGAUUUUGAACAAGCAAUUGCACUGAGCCCUUUUACAGCUCAUAUAUAUUUCAACAGAGCAAACCUCUACUUCACUCUAAAGCAGUACAGUGAUGCUGAGAGGGAUUUUUCCAGAGCAUUGGAGCUGAAGCCAGAUGAUGCUCUGAUAUAUAAACUCCGUGCAGAUGUCCGUGGGAAACUGGGUCGGAAUGAAGACGCUAUAUCAGAUUACAAAAAGGCAAUAGAUGUCCAAAAUGCUAUUAGAAACAGAUGAUUGCAUUUUCCUGGAAGAAUCAGCAAUUACAUAAAAACAAAAAAAUUAAUUUAACAGAAAGCUGAAAAAGAAUGACCAUGAAAACUACUUGUAAAUAGGAACCUCAUAUAUCUACAUGAAAGCUUUAUAACUGAUUAAAUCCACUUGUGAUUCAAUCUUUUAAAAGUAGGAUUUAAUAUAGCACAUAGACGGAAGCUAUCACACAACUUCUAUUUUAUAAUCACACCUAACAAGAUAAAUGCAGAUUGUGUGUCAGUUGAAGCACUUUGAUAUAAGGUGUCUACAAAAAUAUUUUUUUCUCUGUGACCAGGAAUAUUUUCUAUUGAUCAGAAAAAGAUUCCGUCUAGUUUAGGAAGCUCAUUAUCCUAAUAAACUUGUUUUAUUUUACAUUUGACUUUCGAAAUAACUUUAAUUUUCAACACUGGUGGGGUAGCCUGAGAAAAGGUUGCAAAAAUGUUGUUUAACAAUGAUCCAAUUUUGAAAUAAAAGAUUUGAAUUCUUUAACACAA